UAAACCACCCCCAUGGGCCUCAGGUUGCCAAUCCCUGGGUUAAGGGAACAGCCACUAGGAAGUGAUUCAGCGCAGAAAGUAUGAGCAGGAGGGUCACAGAGAGGAGUUUUUAAAAGUUUCUAAAUAAAGUUCAUUGUUUUAUAUAGUACUUUUGUCUGAUCCUUAGUGAUAAUUAACACCACUUGAAACAAGAGUGGUAGUGGGCGACACUUGGUCAGGUCAUAGAAAACACAUCAUCUUCAUUAGGAUAAAGGCAAUACCCCCCCCCUUUCUUACGGCUUUAAUCUUUAUCCUGAUUACACUAAGAAUGCUAAGGAUGUAAACUUAUACAGUACACACACCUGCCUGUGAAAAUGCCCCAAGGAGCUAAAUGGGACUUGCAUCUGAGGAGCCUUGCAAAGGAUUGUUCUGGUGACACAGGGACCCACUUUUAACUCAAACAUGCAUUUGGGGACAUAUUUAUUUAUCUUUUACCAUAUAUUUGCAUAGUGGUAAGGCUGACCGAAACCAGAGCAGCGCACGGAAACGCUAGAGCGGUACCUAUUUAUCUACUUGCACUUUUUGGCGAGCUUUCAAACUGCUAGGUUGGCAGGAGCUGGGACCGAGCAACGGGAGCUCACCCCGUUGCAGGGAUUCAAACCACCAAAUGUCUGAUCAACAAGCCCAAGAGGCUCAGUGGUUUAGACCACAGCGCCACCCACGUCCCACUGAAAUAUAUUAGUGGGUCCCAAACCACCAGCUGUAGACCAGUGUUACAGAGAUAUUCACAUUAUGGUGGUAGGGUUCUUCAGUGAUAGAUCUACGGUAUUUUUCACUGGAGAGAGAACUUAAUCCUAAAGAACAUGCAAAACUGCCUAGCUUGAAAUGCAUACUCUUUUUAACUCAGUUGGAUAUGUGGCGCCAGCUAAAAUCGGGAAGAAUAUACAGCACAACAUUUAACAGCAUACAUAAGCCAUGAGAUGUAAAGCAGUAAUUGUUGCAGGUGAAAGUAGACGCUCAGUGAAUUGGUUUUGCAUUUCACAGUUGCUUUUACAAUGCUUGAAGAUAAUGCUCUGAGCUACUCAGUAAGAUUUAGGAAGGAUUUAACAGUUUCAACAAGCCUGGCAAAAUAGGAUUGCCCUUUCUCCAAAACACAGGUUCAUAUACUCAGUAUAUUACAAUGCUUAAAUUAAGGACUGACAAUCCAAGCACUUUCAGGUGUUGCUGUUUUUUUAUUAUCCCUUUCUCUUAUUUCUGCCCUUGCAUAGCUUUGUUGCUGCUGCUUCCUCCUUGCAAAACUCACAUGUGAGCAGAAGGUUCAGCAGUUCCAGAGAAAACAAAGAUUACUGAUUAGAAAAGAACAUAAUCAGGUAGAUUGACACUGUGUUGGAAGAAACCAUUGCCCUGCAAAGGGGAGGGAGAGUGACACAGAUACUCUUAGCAGCAUGCUAGUUGAGAGUACAUUACUGUUACUGUUUACAACAGCUUCACUGGACGUAAUAUUCCUGAAGGAAGCUAAAAGGGAUUGUGCUAUUUUCUGUCUCUCGAAAACUGCACAGAGUACAUGUGCAGGUACCAUCAGUGUUAAGGGGUUGUUGUUAAAAAAAAGAAAUCUUUUUCAUAGAAGGAAUGAGACAGGACGGUAUUUGAAAUGUCUGGUGAGUCAUCUGAUGAAAGGGAAGAUGUUCAAAAGAAAACAUUCACAAAAUGGGUAAAUGCACAGUUUGCUAAGUUUGGUACAUACCCUAUAGAAGAUCUCUUCAAUGAUUUUCAAGAUGGACGAAGGCUCCUGGAGCUCCUGGAAGGUCUUACAGGCCAAAAGCUCAGUAAAGAAAGGGGCUCCACAAGAGUUCAUGCCUUGAACAACGUCAACAAAGCACUACAAGUCCUUCAGAAAAACAAUGUAGAUCUGGUGAAUAUCGGCAGCACAGAUAUUGUGGAUGGCAAUCAUAAACUGACUCUUGGAUUGAUCUGGAGUAUAAUUCUCCACUGGCAGGUCAAAGAUGUAAUGAAAAAUAUCAUGGCUGGACUGCAACAGACAAACAGUGAAAAGAUCUUGCUGAGCUGGGUCCGUCAAUCAACUCAGAAUUAUCCGCAGGUCAAUGUUGUUAAUUUCACCAGCAGCUGGUCUGAUGGCUUGGCUUUCAAUGCACUCAUCCACAGUCACAGACCAGAUCUAUUUGACUGGGAUAGUGUGGUUCGCCAACAGUCAGCUGUACAACGAUUAGACCAUGCAUUCAAUGUAGCCAAACGACACCUAGGAAUCGAAAAACUUCUUGAUCCUGAAGAUGUCGCAACUGCUUAUCCUGAUAAGAAGUCCAUCUUGAUGUACGUGACAUCGCUUUUCCAAGUCCUGCCCCAGCAAGUUACUCUUGAAGCCAUCCAGGAAGUGGAAACAUUGCCACGGCAAUCAAAGCACAUCAGAGAAGAGCACGUACAGUUACAUCGACAGCGCUUUUCACAACAGAUCAAAGUCAGUGUAGCACAGGGUCAUGUGCGCACCCCUUCACCUCCACCUAAACCUCGCUUCAAAAGCUAUGCGUACACACAAGCUGCUUAUGUCAUGUCCCCUGACCCAAAAGGGAAGGUGUUCCCUCCACAGCAUUUGGAAACACAUGAACAGAGGUUAUUUGCAACUUCACCCAUGGAUACAGAAGUAGAUCUGGAAGGCUACCAAACUGCAUUAGAAGAAGUACUCUCAUGGCUUCUGUCUACUGAAGAUUCUUUGCAAGCACAAGGAGAUAUAUCCGCUGAUGUAGAAGAAGUUAAAGAGCAGUUUCACACCCACGAGGGUUUUAUGAUGGAAUUAACAGCUCACCAGGGACGUGUUGGUGAUGUUUUGCAAAUAGGCAGCCAACUUCUGUCAUUUGGGAAGCUUUCAGAAGACGAAGAAAAUGAAAUACAAGAACAAAUGAAUCUUCUUAAUUCACGAUGGGAAAAUCUCAGGGUCACAAGUAUGGAAAAACAGAGCAAUUUGCACCGCAUUCUGAUGGAUUUACAAAAUCAGCAGCUAAGCCAACUCUCUGAAUGGUUAGCUAAAACAGAAGAAAGAACAAAAAGGAUAGAGUCAGAGCCCUUGGGACCUGAUUUGGAGGACUUAAAGCGACAGAUAGAAGAGCAUAAGGCCAUUCAAGAAGCCUUGGAGCAGGAACAAGUCAAGGUUAAUUCCCUCACACAUAUGGUUGUUGUAGUAGAUGAAGCUAGUGGAGACAAAGCUACAGCUGCAUUAGAACAACAACUUCAGCAUUUAGGAGACCGCUGGGCUACAAUUUGCAGAUGGACAGAGGAUCGCUGGUUUCUACUCCAAGAUGUCCUUCGAAAAUGGCUGCAAUUUACUGAAGAACAGGGUCUUUUCGAUGCAUGGCUUUCUGAGAAGGAAGAUGCUCUCAACAAUAUCCAUACCACUGAUUUCAAAGAUCAGAAAGAAAUGUUGGAAAAUCUACAAAAGUUGGCUAUACUGAAAGGAGAACUGGAAAUCAAGAGAAAGACUAUGGAUAAACUCAACUCACUCAGCCAAGAUCUCCUUUCAGCUGUGAAGAGUAAAGCACUAUCUCAAAAGCUGGAAGGGUGGUUGGAAAAUGUGGCUCAGCGUUGGGAUAGUUUGGCCCAGAAGCUGGAGAGCAGUUCUAAGCAGAUUUCACAGGCUGUUGCUACCACUCAGACAUCACUAACACAGACAACAGUGAUGGAAACUGUAACUAUGGUGACCACCAGAGAGCAAAUCCUGGUUAAGCAUGCUAAAGAGGAACUCCCACCACCACCGCCCCACAAGAAGAGGCAAAUAGUUGUGGAUUCUGAAAUUAGGAAAAGGUUUGAUGCUGAUACAACAGAGCUUCACAGCUGGAUGACCCGCUCAGAAGCUGUUCUCCAGAGCCCAGAGUUUGCAAUAUAUCGAAAAGAAGGGAACCUGUCAGACCUCAGAGAAAGAGUUAAUGCCAUCGAACGAGAAAAGCCUGAGAAGUACAGGAAACUCCAAGAUGCAAGCAGAUCAGCUGAGGCCCUGGUGGAACAGAUGGUGAAUGAGGGGCUUAAUGCUGACAACAUCAAACAAGCCUCAGAGCAAUUGAACAAUCGCUGGAUUGAGUUCUGUCAGUUGCUGAGUGAAAGACUAGCAUGGCUGGAGUACCAAAAUAACAUCAUUGCCUUCUACUCCCAGCUGCAGCAAUUGGAGCAGACAGUAAUUACUGCUGAAAACUGGCUGAAAGCACAACCCACACCAAUGGCAGAUCCUGGUGCAGUGAAAACACAGCUAGAUAAGUGCAAGGAUGAAGUCAUCCACUUAUCCACCCUUCAGUCCCAGAUAGAAAAACUAAAGGUUCAAAGCAAAGCAUUAAAAGAGAAACAACAAGGUCCAAUGUUUCUAGAAGCAGAUCUUAUUGCUUUUACCAACCACUUCAAUCAAGUUUAUGAUGAUGUGAGAGCUAGAGAAAAGCAUCUACAAAGAACUUUUGAUAGUUUGCCACCCAUGCAGUAUAAGGAAACUAUGAACACCAUUCUCUUGUGGGUUCAUCAGUCUGAAGCAAAACUCUCCAUACCUCAGGUUACAGUCACUGAAUUAGAAAUCAUGGAACAAAGGCUCAGGGAGCUAAAGGCUCUACAAAGUUCCCUGCAGGAGCAACAGAAUGGACUCAACUAUUUAAGCACAACUGUAGAAGAUAUGUCUAAAAAAGCUCCUGCAGAGGUCAGUCAGAAAUAUCAAUCAGAAAUUGAAGGGAUCCAUGGCCGUUGGAAGAAGCUAUCAACUCAGUUGACAGAGAACUGCCAAAAACUUGAGGAACUGAUCACUAAGCUACAACAGUUCCAGAAUGACUCUAAAACCCUGAAGAAAUGGAUGGCUGAAGUGGAUGUUUUUCUAAAAGAAGAGUGGCCUGCACUUGGUGAUUCAGAAGCACUUGAGAAACAGCUAGAACAGUGUACAGCUCUAGUAAAUGAUAUCCAGACAAUCCAGCCCAGUUUGAAUAGUGUUAAUGAGAUUGGGAAGAAAAUGAAGAAUGAAGCAGAGCCAGAGUUUUCUUUGAAGAUACAAGCUGAACUAAAAGAACUUAACGCUCAGUGGGAUCACAUUUGCCAACAGGCCUAUGCUAAGAAGGCAGCGCUGAAAAGUGGUUUGGAUAAGACUGUGAGUCUUCGAAAGGAUUUAUCAGAGAUGCAUGAGUGGAUUACACAAGCAGAAGAAGAGUACCUUGAGAGAGAUUUUGAAUAUAAAACACCAGAUGAAUUACAGAAAGCUGUUGAGGAACUGAAGAGAGCAAAAGAAGAGGCAACACAGAAAGAUGUGAAAGUGAGGCUUCUCACAGAGUCGGUGAACAAUUUUAUAGCAAGGGCUCCACCUGCAGCUCACGAGGCCUUAAAAAAGGAACUUGAUGUUCUAACUAGGAAUUACCAGCGACUCUGCAGCAGGCUAAAUGGGAAGUGCAAAACGUUGGAGGAGGUAUGGGCAUGUUGGCGUGAAUUAUUGUUGUACUUGGAUGUUGAAAACAAAUGGUUGAAUGAGAUAGAAUCAAAACUCAGGGCAACAGAAAAUAUUCAAGAAGGCACAGAAGAGAUCUCAGAAGCACUAGAUUCUCUGGAAACAUUAAUGCAACACCCAGAAGAUAACCGCAAUCAGAUUCGUGAGUUGGCACAGACCUUAACUGAUGGUGGAGUUCUGGAUGAACUGAUCAAUGAAAAACUGGAGAAGUUCAAUACUCGGUGGGAAGAGCUACAGCAAGAGGCUGUGAGGAGACAAAAGGUUCUUGAACAAAGUAUCCACUCUGCACAAGAGAUUGACAAAACCCUUCAGCUAAUUCAAGAGUCUCUUGCUUUCAUUGAUCGACAGUUAACUGGUUAUAUUGCGGACAGAAUUGAUGCAGCACAAGUACCUCAAGAAGCACAGAAAAUUCAAUCAGAGUUGACAAGCCAUGAGAUUAGUUUGGAUGAAAUGAAAAAACGGAACCGGGGUAAGGAUGCCACCAAAAGGAUAUUCUCCCAAAUCGAUAUUGCACAGAAAAAGCUACAAGAUGUCUUCUUGAAGUUUCGCUUGUUCCAAAAGCCAGCCAAUUUUGAGCAGCGCUUACAGGAAUGUAAAAUAAUUUUAGAUGAAGUGAAAUCGCAAGUGCCGAAGUUGGAGUUGAGGAGUGUCGAGCAGGAAGCAGUGCAAUCGCAGCUUGAUCACUGUAUGAAAUUGUAUAAAACUCUUAGUGAAGUGAAAUCUGAAGUGGAAACAGUCAUAAAAACUGGGCGUCAGAUUGUGCAAAAACAGCAAACGGAGAACCCAAAAGAACUGGAUGAAAGGCUAACAGCUUUGAAAUUACAAUAUAAUGAUUUGGGUGCCAAGGUGACUGAAAAAAAGCAAGAACUGGAGAAAUGUUUGAAAUUAUCUCGGAAACUGAGAAAGGAAAUGAAUGCUCUGACAGAAUGGCUGGCAGUGACAGAUUCAGAACUGACAAAGAGAUCAGCAGUAGAAGGCAUGCCUAUCAAUUUAGAUGCUGAAGUCGCCUGGAGCAAGGCAACCCAGCUAGAAAUUGAAAAACGCCAGCUUCAGUUGAAGAACAUUACUGAUUUGGGAGAAGGGCUGAAGACAGUGCUUAAAGGGAAGGAAAGCAUAGUGAAUGAUAAACUCAGCCUUCUGAGUAGUAACUGGAUUGCAGUAACUUCUCGAGCUGAAGAGUGGUUUAACUUGUUGCUGGCAUAUCAGAGACACAUGGAGAAUUUUGAUCAGAAUGUUGCUAACAUCACUACCUGGAUGUAUCGGGCGGAAAUACUAUUGGAUGAAUCUGAAACACAAAAACCUCAGCAAAGGGAAGAAAUUCUUAAGCGCUUAAAGGCUGAGCUGAAUGAUAUGCGUCCAAAGGUGGACUCUGUGCGUGACCAGGCAGUAGACUUGAUGACAAACCGUGGAGAUCACUGCAGGAAAGUAAUAGAGCCUAAACUGGCAGAGCUCAACCAGCGAUUUGCAGCCCUAUCAGAAAGAAUUAAAAGUGAAAAGCCCUUCAUUCCUUUGAAGGAAUUGGAACAGUUUAACUACGAUAUACAAAAAUUGCUUGAACCACUGGAGGCUGAAAUUCAGCAGGGGGUGAAUCUGAAAGAGGAAGACUUCAAUAAAGAUAUGAGUGAAGAUAAUGAGGGUACUGUAAAAGAACUGCUUCAACGAGGAAAUGUGCUUCACCAGACAAUCACAGAUGAAAGAAAAAGAGAGGAAAUAAAAAGUAAACAGCACCUGUUGCAGACUAAGCAUAAUGCUCUCAAGGAUCUGAGGUCUCAAAGAAGGAAAAAAGCUUUGGAGAUUUCUCCUCAAUGGUAUCAGUAUAAGAGGCAGGCUGAUGAUCUAAUGAGCUGGCUGGAUGACAUUGAGAAAAAAAUAGCAAGCUUACCAGACCCCCAAGAUGAACAGAAGCUAAAGGAAAUUGAUCGAGAAUUGGAGAAGAAGAAGGAAGAGCUGAAUGCGGUACAGAGACAAGCUGAUCGCUUGUCUAAGGAUGGGGCUGCAAAAGCAGUGGAACCAACCCUGAUACAGCUCAGCAAGCGCUGGCGAGAUAUUGAGAGCAAAUUUGCUCAAUUUCGAAGACUCAACUAUGCACAAAUUCAAACAGUUCGUGAGGAGACAACUGUUGUGAUGACUGAAAGUAUGACUGUGGAAACCUCUUAUGUGCCUUCUGCAUACCUGGCAGAAAUCCUUCGGCUACUACAAGCUUUGUCUGAUGUGGAAGACCUCCUUAAUUCUCCCAGUCUGCAGGGGAGGGACUGUGAGGAUCUUGUCAAACAAGAAGAGUGCCUCAUGAAAAUUAAAGACAGCCUAGGGAGAUACUCAGGACAGAUUGAAGUUAUUCGCAAUAAGAAGACUGCAGUUUUAAAAAGUGCCACACCUGGAGAAGCUGGAAGGAUACAGGAAAAGCUGGCGCAGCUUACUUACCAGUGGGAAAAAGUUAACAAGAUGUAUCAGGACCGACAUACAAGAUUUGACAGAUCAGUGGAGAAAUGGAGGAAUUUCCAUCAUGAUAUGAAAAACUUUAGCGACUGGUUAACUGAGGCAGAACAAAAUUUAGGUAAAAUAUGGAUAGAGUCCGAGGAUCCAGAUGUUUCCACAACCGAGCAAUAUAUCAAGGACCUCCAGGAUGGCAUUGGGAGACAGCAAGCUGUUGUCAGAACAUUGAACAUAGCUGGGGAGGAAAUUAUUGAGCAGUCAUCAAUAGCCGAUGCCAGUGUAUUGAAGGGGAAACUGGGAAGCCUGAAUUAUCGGUGGAAGGAACUCUGCAAACAACUGGCAGAGAAAAAAAAGAGGCUAGAAGAAGAACAGAAUCUUCUGACAGAAUUGCAAUAUAAUUUAAAUAAGUUUUAUUUAUGGUUAGACGAAGCAAGUAGUGUUGCUGGCAUUCCUGUUGAACCAGGAAAUGAAUACCAGUUAAAGGACACUCUUCAGAAAGUAAAGUUAAGAGUGGAAGAACUGCCUCCACACAAGGGAAUACUGAAACGAUUAACUGAAGCUGGAGGAAAAGCACUUGGUAGUGCAUCCCUGAGCCCUGAAGUAAAACAUAAGCUUGACACUAGACUCAAGGAGGCUAACCAUCGCUGGAUAAAGGUAUCCAAAGAUCUGCCUGAGAAACAGAAAGAAAUUGAGCACCUGCUAAAUAAUUUGAACCAGCUUGAACAACAGUUAACUCAGCUGAAAUUGUGGCUCUCUCCCAUCAAAGAACAAUUGGAGCUUUACAACCAAGUGGGCCAACCUGGGGCUUUUGACAUCAAGGAAAUUGAAGCAGCCGUGAUAGCUAAACAGCCGGAUGUGGAAGGGAUUUUGUCUAAAGGGCGUCAUUUAUACAAAGAAAAACCAGCCACUCAACCCGUAACGAGAAAAUUAGAAGAUUUAAAUACUGACUGGAAAGCAGUAAACCGUUUAAUACAAGUGUUGAAAGGAAAGCCAGUGUCUGGGCCCUCAGGAAUUGUAUCAUCUGCUGUUGUAACUUCUCCUGGCCAAACUGUUACUGUGGUAACGCAAACUCUGGUAACCAAGGAAACUACCAUCUCCAAACAAGAAAUGCCAUCAUCUUUGCUUCUGGAGGUGCCAGCCCUGGCUGAAUUCAAUAAGGCAUGGGCAGACCUCACUGACUGGCUUUCUCUAUUGGAUCGAGUGAUAAAAUCCCAAAUAGUGACUGUAGGUGAUCUUGACGAAAUCAAUGACAUGAUCAUCAAACAAAAGGCAACGCUACAAGACUUGGAACAAAGGCGCCCUCAGCUGGAAGAGUUAAUAACAGCAGCACAGAAUUUGAAAAAUAAAACCAGCAAUCAAGAGGCUCGAACAGUCAUUACUGAUCGAAUUGAAAAGAUACAGAACCAGUGGGAUGAAGUUCAGGGGCACCUUCAGAACCGAAGACAGCAAUUACAUGAAAUGUUGAAAGAUUCAACACAGUGGUUGGAAGCCAAGCAAGAAGCUGAGCAGGUUCUGGAAUGUGCGAAAGCCAGGCUUGAGUCAUGGAAGGAGAUUUCUUACACUGUAGAAGGACUAAAGAAGCAGAACGCAGAACUCAAGCAAUUUGCAAAAGAGCUACGGCAGUGGCAUAUAAAUGUGGAUGUGGCAAAUGAUUUGGCACUUAAGCUUCUCCGGGAUUAUUCAACUGAUGACACCAGAAAAGUAGAACUGAUGACUAAUAACAUUAAUGAUGCUUGGGCCACCAUUAAUAAGAGAGUUAGUGAGCGAGAGGCCGCACUAGAAGCAGCCCUAAGGCUGCUACAACAAUUCUACCUGGAUCUGGAAAAGUUCCUCGCCUGGCUUACAGAAGCAGAAACCACUGCCAAUGUUCUGCAAAAUGCCACACACAAAGAGAGAAUACUAGAAGAUACCCAAGGGGUUCGGGAGCUCAUGAAGCAGUGGCAGGAACUUCAGAAAGAAAUUGAAACCCAUACUGAUAUCUUCCACAGCCUGGAUGAAAAUGGACAGAAAAUCUUGAGAUCCUUGGAAGGUUCUGAUGAUGCAGCCUUGUUGCAGAGACGCCUGGAUAACAUGAACUUCAGAUGGAGUGAACUUAGGAAAAAAUCUCUAAAUGUUAGGUCUCAUCUAGAAGCUAGUUCUGACCAGUGGAGACGGCUACACCUUUCUCUUCAGGAACUUUUGGCAUGGCUGCAGUUGAAAGAAGAUGAGUUAAAGCGACAGGCUCCCAUUGGUGGAGAUCUUCCCACAGUGCAAAAACAGAAUGACACCCAUCGGGCCUUUAAGAGAGAAUUGAAAACUAAAGAACCUGUUAUCUCGAAUGCACUUGAAACAGUGAGAUUAUUCCUAGCAGAACAACCUUUGGAGGGACUGGAAAAGCUUUACCAGGAGCCUCGAGAACUGCCUCUGGAGGAAAGAGCCCAGAAUGUCACUCGACUCUUGCGAAGGCAAGCAGAUGAGGUCAAAACAGAAUGGGAUAAACUGAAUAUACAGUCCACUGAAUGGCAAAAAAAGAUAGAUGAAGCUCUUGAAAGACUGCAGGAGCUUCAGGAGGCAAUGGAUGAGCUGGACCUGAAACUGCGUCAGGCUGAAGCUCUCAAGGGCUCUUGGCAGCCAGUGGGGGAUUUGCUGAUUGACUCUCUCCAGGAUCACCUAGAAAAACUCAAGGUUUACCAAGCAGAAAUUGCACCUCUUAAAGAGAACGUGAACAAUGCUAAUGACCUAGCUCAUCAGUUUACCUCUUCUGAAAUACAGCUUUCCCCAUAUACCCUCAACCGCCUCGAAGACUUGAAUGGAAGAUGGAAACUCCUGCAGGUGUCCAUUGAUGAGCGUAUCAGACAGUUGCAUGAGGCCCACCGAGAUUUCGGUCCUACUUCUCAGCACUUCCUUUCCACUUCUGUCCAGGGCCCCUGGGAGAGGGCAAUAUCGCCAAACAAAGUGCCCUACUACAUCAACCAUGAGACGCAGACUACAUGCUGGGAUCAUCCUAAAAUGACUGAGCUCUACCAGUCCUUAGCUGACUUGAACAAUGUUAGAUUCUCAGCAUACAGAACUGCUAUGAAGCUCCGAAGACUACAGAAAGCUCUUUGUUUGGAUCUCCUGAGUCUGUCUGCUGCAUGUGAUGCCUUGGACCAGCACAACCUCAAACAGAAUGACCAACCAAUGGAUAUACUUCAGAUCAUCAACUGCUUGACUACCAUUUAUGAUCGACUCGAACAAGAGCACAAUAACCUAGUCAACGUCCCUCUCUGCGUGGACAUGUGCCUCAACUGGCUUUUGAAUGUUUAUGACACGGGUCGAACAGGAAGGAUCCGUGUCCUCUCUUUUAAAACUGGUGUUAUUUCCCUCUGUAAAGCACAUUUGGAAGAUAAAUACAGAUAUCUAUUCAAACAGGUAGCCAGUCCCACUGGAUUCUGUGACCAGCGUCGUCUAGGCCUCCUCCUGCAUGACUCUAUUCAGAUUCCAAGACAGCUGGGUGAAGUUGCUUCUUUUGGUGGCAGUAAUAUUGAACCCAGUGUCAGGAGCUGCUUUCAGUUUGCCAAUAACAAGCCUGAAAUUGAGGCAGCCCUUUUUCUGGAUUGGAUGAGACUUGAACCACAGUCCAUGGUAUGGCUGCCAGUUUUACAUAGGGUGGCUGCUGCUGAAACUGCCAAACACCAAGCCAAGUGCAACAUCUGUAAGGAGUGCCCAAUAAUUGGUUUCAGGUACAGAAGUUUAAAGCACUUUAAUUAUGACAUCUGCCAAAGCUGCUUCUUUUCUGGGCGAGUUGCAAAAGGUCAUAAGAUGCACUACCCAAUGGUAGAAUAUUGUACACCGACUACUUCAGGAGAAGAUGUUCGUGACUUCGCCAAGGUAUUGAAAAACAAAUUCCGAACAAAAAGAUACUUUGCAAAACACCCAAGAAUGGGCUACCUGCCUGUACAAACAGUGUUGGAGGGAGACAACAUGGAAACUCCUGUUACUCUGAUCAACUUCUGGCCAGUAGAUUCUGCGCCUGCUUCGUCCCCUCAGCUUUCACAUGACGAUACCCAUUCACGUAUUGAACAUUAUGCUAGCAGGCUAGCAGAAAUGGAGAACACCAAUGGGACGUACCUGAAUGAUAGCAUUUCUCCUAAUGAGAGCAUAGAUGAUGAACAUUUGUUAAUCCAGCACUACUGCCAAAGUUUGAACCAAGAAUCCCCACUCAGUCAACCGCGAAGCCCUGCACAAAUUCUAAUUUCCUUGGAGAGUGAAGAAAGAGGUGAACUGGAGAGAAUUCUAGCAGACCUGGAGGAAGAAAACAGAAACCUUCAAGCAGAAUAUGAUCGAUUAAAGCAGCAACAUGAUAACAAAGGACUGUCUCCACUGCCAUCCCCACCUGAGAUGAUGCCCAUUUCCCCCCAGAGUCCACGAGAUGCUGAACUCAUUGCAGAAGCCAAGUUGCUUCGUCAGCACAAAGGCCGCCUAGAAGCCAGGAUGCAAAUCCUGGAGGAUCACAACAAACAGCUGGAAUCACAGCUGCACAGGUUGAGGCAGCUGCUGGAACAGCCUCAAGUGGAUUCCAAGGUGAAUGGUACAACUCAGUCUUCUCCUACCUCGUUACAGAGGUCAGAUAGUAAUCAGCCAAUGCUUCUCCGCGUAGUUGGGAGUCAGACUUCAGAAUCUAUGGGUGAGGAUGAUCUGCUCAGUCCUCCCCAGGACACAAGCACAGGGUUAGAAGAGGUCAUGGAACAGCUCAACAAUUCUUUCCCAAGUACAAGAGGCCACAAUGUAGACAGCCUUUUCCACAUGGCAGAUGACUUGGGCCGAGCAAUGGAAACGUUAGUGACCAUGAUGACCGACAACAAGGUGUUAGAAUAGCAAGAUGUGUUUUACAACUUCAGGCGUACCCGCAUGGUUUUUAUAAUAUUCAUAUGACAAAAGGAUUAGACUGUAAGAGUUUACAUGAAAACAAAUUAUAUUUUUGUGAAGGGUAGUGGUACUAUACUGUAGAUUUCAGUAGUUUCUUAAGUCUGUUAUUGUUUUGUUAACAAUGGCAGGUUUUACACGUCUAUGCAAUUGUACAAAAAAAUUAUAAGAAAACUACAUGUAAAAUCUUGAUAGCUAAAUAACUUGCCAUUUCUUUAUAUGGAACACAUUUUGGGUUGUUUAAAAAAAAUUUAUAACCGUUAUAAAGAUUGUAAACAAAGUGUGCUUUAUAAAAAAAAGUUUAUAUAAAUCCCUAUUUAAAAAAAACAAAAAAGAGGCAGUGCAUUUGCUCUGUAAUUGUAUCAGACAUAAUUCAUGUUCUGUGUUCUUUUCCUUAUGAAUCAAAGAGAGAAUUUCUGAAACACCAAAACUAUUAACAUACAUUUCUCAUUGUUUUGUGUCUGACUAGCACUGGCUUAAAAAAAUAGUAUUGUCCUGAACUUCCAGUAGAGGUAGCUUUUCCACCUCCUUCCAAGUAAAAAUUAAGUCUUACGGGAAUUUAUCCAGCUAGUUGGCAAUAAUAUGAAAGAGCACAUUACAUGACGAAUGCUAUCUUCAGAGCUUGCAACAAUAAAAAAAAGACAAAUUGAAUCAGUAUUCUCUGCUCCUGCUGUUUCCUCCACUUCUAUGAACCCAAAUGUUGUUAGUAAACACAAAAUAGGAAUUGCCUCACCGGAUUAUACCUUUGGACUUCAUCAUCCGGUAGUCUGCCUCUGACACUGGCCAGCACCUUAAUGCUUCAAAGCAGAAGUCUUGAUUUGCUUUUAAACCCUGUGAUGCCACCUUUAGUGAGAUACCCUGCAUCUUUGUGUGUGUGGUUUUUUUUAGGGGUGUGUGUGUUGAGGACUUGAAUACAGAUAGUGACCGACCUGUGAUCUGCUUCCAUCCUGAAAGUUUGAUUACUCAUAUUAUUAAUAUUUAAUUUUAAUUGUUAUAGUAGCAGUAUUUUUAAGCAUUGAGAAUUGCCUAGUCUCUUAAAAACAAAAUGGUCACUAGAGAUCUGCCUUGCAGCAAAUUCCAAGGAGCCACAACAUUUCAAUUAAACAGGAAAUAGCAUGGAGCAAUUAUAUCAGCUUCAGUUCUAUCAACAGUUAUAAGUAGCCACACUGCUUCAUGGGAGGCUGGUCAUCCAAGACAAUAGCCGGUAAUUUUGUUCCUCCCUAGGUCUUUCUACAAAUAAUACCGCACAAUUAACAAUGACUCAGGAGAGGGAUAACAGAAAAUAGAUGUUACAUAACAGCUCCUCAGGUUUACUACUAUAAAAUUUUGAGGUGCUGUUAACAAAAGCUUUACCAUUUCAUUCCCUUCCCUUCCACCAGCCUUUAAUUCCACUGUCUGAAAAUAGAAUUUCACCAAUCUAAUCUACAUUAAUACUUUGCAAGAGUAAAAUCUGUUACCUCUUCUUGUACGAAGUGUAAUUAAACUUGGGGAAAAAUAUUUUAUUUUUAAUGCUAGUUAACAUUAAACAUGGGUAGUCAUGUUAUUUCUACCUCACUUUGGUUUUGUGGUGUUCCUGACAAUUAUAUAUUACAUCAUCACCACUUGUCCAUUGUGUGAACAGGUCUUACCAUCUUAACAACAAGACGUUUAAAAAUGUAAUAACUUGCAAAAGUGGCCCCAAACAUACAUUUUCAAACUAUUUUUAAAAGAACUUUGGAUGCAAUCUAUCCUAGUGUGAGCACAGUGCCCACACACUGAGGUCUAAGCCCUGUUGCUCCCAGUCUCCCUCAACCAUGAUUGUGAAUGGAAGUUUGUUGGCACCAAACUUUCCCAUCUUGCCCAGGGAUAUGUUUUUCCAAAAGGAUGCAUUCUGAGGGGAGGGGCCAUUACCUCAUGAGCAGACACUUGACCCAUACUAGGCUGGAUUGUACCAUUUAUCAAUAAGCAUCCUGCAUAUUCUCAUAGGAAAAUGCAGAAUCUAUGGGGUGGGGUUUGUUCAUUUAUGCUUUUAAGUUGAAAGUUCUCUUUAAACAUUUGGAAACUAAUAAAGAGUGCACGGUUGUUUUCAUCAGGGUUUUCAUCCCCCCCCUUCAUAGACAUUAGUUUUGAAGUGAGUCUGUCAAAAGUAUUUAAAGACUUUAAGAGCUUUAUUGCUGCUUUUUAAGCAUUUCUUUGGGAAUAUUUCAUGUUCCUUAUAUCCACAAACUAUUAAACUGUAAUACAUUUAUCAGCAUAACUAACUAACUAUCAUUUGGCAUGUUAUACCAUUGUUAUCCAGUACUGGUUUAUUACUUUGGUAUCAUAAUCUAUUGUGUUCUAACAUCUACACUGUAACAUUUACUAAUUAUUUUUAUAAACUUCAGUUUUACUGCAUUUUUCACAACAUAUCAAAUUUCACCAAAUAUAUGCCUUACUUAUUGUAUUAUAUACUGCUUUACUGUGUAUAUCAAUAAAGCACGCAAUUAUGUUAUAAAAA